AAGGAGCAGAGCCGCGGGAAGCAACUCCCUAAGCCACAAUGUUAGUCGCGAACACACGAAAAAGCUCGUCUCGCCGCCGCGGGGCCCUAUGCUCCCGCUGACUACUCCUGUGUGAGCAACAGCCACCGGCGCGCGGCCUUCUGGGAGUUGUUCGUUGCGCGGAGCGCGGGCACGUCCGCCGGCCACCGGAAGCACCGCCAUUGCCCGGUGCGUGCCGGUGAGUCUGGCCGCCUCAAGGUUGGCGCGGAGGUUUCACCGUUAGCCGGGUGCGGCCGGAGCGCAGGACCAGGCCAGAGCCGCCUCAAGUGACCUGGGCGUGCCGGAGAAACGAGCAGGGCCUGCGGGGGUCCUCAAUAAUGUGGCGAGGCCGGGCAAGGGCAGGGGCCUGAUGGGGUCGGGAUGUCUCCGGCCUCAGGGGGACAGGGAAGGCCGGUCCAGUCAGGUUUCCCUUGCAGCAGCGCCCGGCUGGGUCUGAGCUCGUCGGGAGGCUCUCCUGCUGCAGAGCUGGGAGGGAACUGAUAGGGCCGGGCCCCCUCGCAGGUGGCAGCCAAGAGCCUCCUGGCACAGCGGCACCAGGCAUUUGGCGCCUGUUGGACCCCAGAGGUCAUCCCAGCUCCAGACGUGGACACGUUUGGUUCCAAUGCAUGGAGCCAGGAUAGAAGUCACAGUGCAAGGAAAAUGUGGAAUGCCUGGUCAGUCUCUGCAUGGGAGUUGAGGAGCAUGUGGGUGACAUGACUGAAUGUGGAGGAGGGAAUGGCAGUGGCAGGAAGCCCAGGAGGUUUGGGCUGGACACGUAACCUGGAGCAGAUUGGAAACGUCACCCCACAAGCAGGGAAGGAGAAAACUGGAAAAGGAAGAAGAAAGCAACUCUCUCCCCAGCCCUGCAGCCAGAGGGACUUCUGCCAGAUCAGCCACCAUACAGGUCCAGUAUGAGGAACAGAUGGAGAAUUUUAUGUCCAAGAAUAAUCACUAUGAAUACAUCUGUUGUGCCCCUUUUGCAGGUCAACACAAUGUUAAGCUCUGUAAAUGCAACUCAAUUAAUUCUUUUAGCAUCCUCACAGGGCAGGUCUUGCUGUUUUUCCAGAUGUCUACAGAUGAGGAAACUGAGGCCUGGAGAGGUUAAAGAGGCCAGUUCAGAGUCCUACAGCGACAGAGUCUCGCUGUCGCCCAGGCUAGAGUGCAGUGGCACGAUCUCGGCUCACUGCAAGGUCCGCCUCCUGGGUUCACGCUAUUCUCCUGCCUCAGCCUCCCGAGUAUCUGGAACUACAGACUGGUCUCCUGAGGACCUUUGCCCUCUACACAGCAGCCUCUUCAGGUGCAGGGAGGAAAUGGAAGCACGUUCUACGCUGGUUCCACCCCAGGCAUCUGUGUGCUUCGAGGAUGUGGCUAUGGCAUUCACACAGGAGGAGUGGGAACAGCUGGACCUGGCCCAGAGGACACCGUACCGAGAGGUGACACUGGAGACCUGGGAGCAUAUUGUCUCCCUGGGGCUUUUCCUUUCCAAAUCUGAUGUGAUCUCUCAGCUGGAGCAAGAAGAGGACCUGUGCAGAGCGGAGCAGGAGGCCCCCCGAGCCUGAAGAAAUGGUAGAAUUGGUGCAUUAAGAAUAUGAAGUCAGUGUUGAUGUUUGAGAUGCGAUUAUGAGAUCCAGAAGUGCAGCAGAAACUGAUAUUCUAGGACUAAGCACCAGUUAGGAGUCUGUGUUUGCUUCCUGUGGCUGCUGUAAAAAAUCACCACCAACCUGUUGGCUUAAAACAAUGCAAAUUUAUUCUCUAAAAGUGCUGGAGGCCACAAGUCCAAAAUCAAUGUCACUGGAUCAAAAUCAAGGUGUUGAUACGGCUGUGCUCCCUCUGGAUGCUCCAAAUGGAAAACACAUUUCUGUCUUUUCCUUCUCCUGUUGGUUGCAGCAUUCUUUCCAGUCUUCAGAUAUCUUCUGCCGUGUCUUCUCAUCACCUCCUCUGUGUUUCAGAUCUCCCUCUGCCUUUCUCUUAUAGGAACACUUGUGAUUACAUUUAGAGCCCCCUUGGAUAAUCCAGAAAAAAAUCCCCAUUUUAAAAUUUUUAGCAAGGUGUGGUAGCAGGCACCUGUAAUCCCAGCUACUCAGGAGGCUGAGGCAGGAGGAUCACUUGAACCUGGGAGGUGGAGAUUGCAGUUAGCCAAGAUAAUGCCACUUCACUCCAGCCUGGGCAACAGAGCCAGGCUCUGACUCAAAAAUUAACAAAACAAAAUAAAAUAAAAAUACUAAUCACAGAAGGGUACGUUGGCUUGGCUGUAAUCCCAGCACUUUGGGAGGCCAAUGGGGGAGGAUCACAAGAGCCCAGAAGUUUGAGGCUGCAGUGAGCCAUGAUUGUGCUGCUAUCUGGUCUGUUCAACAGAGCAAGAUCCUGACUGUAGAAAACUAAGUAAAUAAUAAUAAUAAAAUUCUAAACACAUCUGGACAGUUCCUUUUUCCCAAAAGUUCACAUUCACAGAUUCCAGGGGCUUAGAACAUACAUACUUUUUGCAAUGGUUAAUGGCUUUAUAUCCUGCAGACCCAGUUCAUUCUGUGCAUUUCUCUUUUUAUCUUCACCUCCCUGCUUAUUCGCUUUUUUGAGACAGGGUCUUACUCUCUCACCCAGACUGGAAUGCAGUGGCCCGAUCUUGGUUCACUGCAACCUCCAUCUCCCAGGCUCAAGCGAUUCUCCUACCUCGGCCUCCCGAGGAACUUAGACUACGGGCACCCACCACCACACCUGGCUAAUUUUUUUUAAUUUUUAUUAGAGACGGGGUUUUACCAUGUUGACCAAGCUGGUCUCUAACUCCUGACCUCAGGUGAUCCACCUGCCUCAGCCUCCCAAAGUUCUGGGAUUACAGGUGUGAGCCACUGCACCUGGCGCCUCCCUGCUUUUUCUUAUUCUUCUGCCCUCUGUAUGGGGACUAGUGUUACUUUGUCACUUCUUUAUUACGUUUGCUUGUAUUUUGCACUUUACCACUGAUACCAUGUUUGCUGAUCCAUCCCUCCCUUUCACAGCCUGCAUACGGAUUACACUUUGUAGUUUGGAAACAAACCAGAGACAUCUCCAUUAAACAGUUGUCUCCUUCAUCUCCCCCUCCCCCUCUGAUGCUUCUCCAGUAACUUAGGCAUUUUGGAUUUCUUUCAGACUGGAAAGCUACUCUUGAGGAGAAUAGGUUGAAUUCUGAAAAAGAUCAAGCUAGGGAAGAACUAUCCCACCACGUGGAAGUGUACAGGAGUGUACAGGAGGAGCCACCCUGUUUGGUAUUAGGAAAAGUGCAAGAUCAGAGCAACCAGUUAAGGGAACACCAGGAGAACUCCUUGAGGUUCAUGGUACUCACCUCAGAGAGACUGUUUGCUCAAAGGGAACAUUGUGAGCUUGAACUUGGGGGAGGUUAUUCUCUACCUUCUACUUUAAGCCUUCUACCUACAACAUUACCUACAAGUACAGGUUUCCCUAAGCCCAACUCAAAAGUUAAAGAGUUGAAACAAAAUUCAGCUUUCAUUAAUCAUGAGAAAAAUGGAGCAGAUGGGAAGCACUGUGAGAGUCAUCAGUGUGCUAGAGCUUUCUGUCAGAGCGUUUACUUGAGUAAACUUGGAAACAUUGAAACAGGAAAGAAAAACCCUUAUGAAUAUAUUGUCAGUGGUGACUCUCUCAACUAUGGCUCCUCCCCUUGUUUUCAUGGUAGAACUUUUUCAGUGAAGAAAAGUGAUGACUGUAAGGAUUAUGGAAACCUCUUCAGUCACAGUGUGUCUCUGAAUGAACAGAAGCCAGUGCAUUUUGGGAAAAGUCAGUAUGAGUGUGAUGAGUGCAGGGAAACCUGUUUUGAGAGUCUGUGCCUUGUAGAAACAGAAAGAAGUGGCCCUGGAGAGACCCCCUUCAGAUGUGAGGAACGCUGUGCUGCCUUCCCCAUGGCCUUAUCUUUUUCUGACUGUAAUAUCAUUGAGACUACAGAGAAGCCAUCUGUGUGUAAUCAGUGUGGAAAAUCUUUCAGCUGUUGUAAGCUCAGACACCAGAGAACACACACUGGAGAAAAGCCCUUCGAAUGUACUCAGUGUGGGAAAUCUUUUAGCCAGAGCUAUGACCUUGUCAUACAUCAGAGGACACACACUGGAGAGAAGCCCUAUGAGUGUGACCUGUGUGGGAAAUCCUUCAUCCAGAGAUCCAAACUUAUUACGCAUCAGCGAAUUCACACUGGAGAAAAACCUUAUCAGUGUAUUGAAUGUGGAAAAUCCUUCAGGUGGAACUCUAACCUCAUUGUACAUCAGAGAAUUCAUACUGGAGAGAAACCGUAUGAGUGCACUCACUGUGGAAAGUCCUUCAGCCAAAGCUAUGAGUUAGUUACACAUAAAAGAACGCACACUGGAGAAAAACCCUUCAAAUGUACUCAGUGUGGGAAAUCUUUCAGCCAGAAGUAUGACCUUGUCGUACAUCAGAGGACACACACUGGAGAGAAGCCCUAUGAGUGCGACCUGUGUGGGAAAUCCUUCUCCCAGAGUUCCAAACUUAUUACGCAUCAGCGAAUUCACACUGGAGAAAAACCGUAUCAAUGUAUCGAAUGUGGGAAAUCCUUCAGAUGGAACUCUAACCUCGUCAUACAUCAGAGAAUUCAUACUGGAGAGAAACCGUACGAUUGCACUCACUGUGGAAAGUCCUUUAGCCAAAGGUAUCAGUUAGUUGCACAUAAAAGAACUCACACUGGAGAAAAGCCCUAUGAAUGUAACGAGUGUGGAAAAGCCUUCAAUCGAAGCACUCAGCUCAUCAGGCAUCUGCAAAUUCACACUGGGGAGAAGCCGUACAAAUGCAAUCAGUGCAAUAAAGCCUUUGCAAGGAGCUCCUACCUUGUGAUGCAUCAGAGAACUCACACUGGUGAGAAACCUUUUGAGUGUAGUCAGUGUGGGAAAGCCUUUUCAGGGAGCUCUAAUCUUCUUUCCCAUCAGAGAAUUCAUUCUGGAGAGAAACCCUAUGAAUGUAGUGACUGUGGGAAAUCCUUCCGGCAGCGAUCUCAGCUUGUCGUGCAUCGGCGGACACAUACUGGAGAGAAACCUUAGGAGUGCAGUCAUUGUGGGAAAGCUUUCAGCCAGAGGUCUCCCCUCAUCGUGCACCAGAGGACGCAUGUCGGUGGGAAGAGCUAUCAGUGUGACGUGUAUUAAGCCAGCAGUUGCAACUCAUUGAACAUCAGAGAACAUAUCCUGGAGGAAAACCCUAUGAAUGCAUUGAUUGUGGGAAAGCCUUCAAUGAUCGCUCAACCCUUAGUAAACAUGAGAGGACACACACUGGAGAGAAACCUUAUGAAUGCGACCACUGUGAGAAAGCCUCUAGCCAACGGUGUCAACUUACUAGGCAGCAGAGAAUUCAUACUGGAGAGAAGCCCUAUGAAUGUUAACAAAUGUGGAAAAGCUUCCAGUUACGAUACUUCCCUCAUUCAACAUGAGAAAGCUCAUGGGCAAGAAACCCUGUGAAUAACCAAGAUGGAGCCAGAUGCAGUUGCCAACAACUGUAAUCCUAGCACUUUGGGAGGCCGAGGCAGGUGGAUCGCUUGAGCCCAGGAGUUUGAAACCAGCCUGAGUGACAUGGCAAAAUCCUGUCUUUACAAAAAAAUACAAAAAUUAGCCUAGCAUGGUGGCGCAUACCUGUAGUCCUAGCUACUCAGGAGGCUGAGGUGGGAGGAUCACUUGAGCUUGGGAGGUGGUGGUUGCAGUGAGCUGUGAUCAUGCCAUGACACUGCUGCCUUGUGAGAGAGUGAGACACUCUAAAUAAAUAAUAACCAAGAUGGGAAAUUUCCCUGCCAGACCCUGUUUACUAGAAAUCAGGUGGCCAAAACGUGACUCAGAGUGGGGCUUCAUGACCAUGUGCAUCAGAAUUGCCUGAAGUGUGCACUGAAACUGUGUAUUACCAAGCUCACUCUAGCCAACUAAAUAAAAAUCUGGUAGUAAAA